UAACUACAACCUUGAUAUCAUUUUAAUUCACUGCCAGAAAUGCAUCUUGUUCAGUUGUUACCGUUCACUACGUAGUUCAUCCAGAUGGUAUCGUUCCAGUCAAUAGACCACUAUGAAUUUAAAGAAAUAUUGGGAACGGGAGCGUUCUCAGAAGUCCGUCUUGCAGAGGAUCAGAGAAACCCUGGGUCAUUCGUAGCGAUCAAAUGUAUUCGCAAAAAGUACCUUUCCAAAUCCCAAAACUCAGAAUGUGCUAUCAAGGAGGCUGAGUCACGCAAAGAAUCUUUGAACAAUGAGAUUGAAGUAUUGAGAAGACUCAGGCAUCCUAACAUAGUACAGUUGUUUGAUGUUCUAGAAGAUGCGGAGUGUUACUAUCUCGUGAUGGAACUAGUUACUGGAGGAGAACUGUUCGAUCGUAUCGUUCAGAAAGGUAGUUAUACUGAACGUGAUGCAAGUGCACUUAUUCGACAAGUCUUACUAGCUACUGAAUAUAUGCACAGUCAAGGCGUUGUACAUCGAGACUUGAAACCGGAAAAUCUACUCUACUUUAGUCCAGCUGAUGAUAGUAAAAUAAUGGUAAGUGAUUUUGGCUUGUCGAAAAUAGAAAACAAUGAAUCUAUCAUGGCUACAGCCUGUGGUACACCGGGUUAUGUUGCUCCUGAAGUUCUCAGUGUUAAUGAAGGCAGUUCGGGUUAUGGCAAAGAAGUGGACUGUUGGGCGAUUGGUGUAAUUGCCUACAUUUUAUUAUGCGGAUAUCCUCCUUUCUAUGAUGAAAAUGAUCAUGAAUUGUUUCGUCAAAUACGAAUGGCUGAAUAUGAAUUUGAUUCACCAUAUUGGGAUAAUAUUUCUGACUCAGCCAAAGAUUUUAUCACUAAUCUUUUACAAAAAGAUCCAAAAAAGCGUUAUAGUUGUGCACAAGCUUUAGAACAUCCAUGGAUAGCUAGUAAUACAGCACUUGAUCGAGAUCUUUAUCCUUUUGUCAGUGAACAGAUACGUAAAAAUUUCUUAGCUGUAAAACGAUGGAAAAAAGCAUAUAAUGCUACAGCAGUACUUCAUUUAUUACGUCGUCUUCAAUUAAAUAAAAGUAAUUCUACCGUGGAAAAAUCCACAAAUUCCACCGAUUCCAUGUCAGCAUUCACAUUCGAUGAAGAAAAACUAGCAGAAAUCCAAUGUAAACAACAAUCCAAAUCGUAUUCUAUUGAUAAACCAUGUAAAUUACAAACAUCUAGUUCAUCACCAUCAUCAUUGUCUUCACCAACUCAUCCUAUUGACAAUGAUACACUUGCCUCAUUAAACAAUGGCGGCACUGAUGAGAUGAGCAACGCUGAGAAUAACAAUAACAAUAACAAUAGUACAGCUUAAACUAUGGCAUUAUAUUUAGAUAACAUGCAUAAAUUCUAUCAGAGUUAUUAUAUAUAAUCAUGAAUUAUUCAAAUUUAUUGAAAUCUUAUAAGCAAUCUUUGUGAAUCCUUAUACUCACUCAUCCAUUGAUUGCAUAUAGAUUCUAAUGUGUAAAUAUGUUGAAUGGUGGUGAAAUUAUUUGUCAGCUAUAUAAGUCAACUUUUCACGGACUUUUUUUUUUUCUUGGCUAAUAUUGAUUUUCCUCUUUAAUUUAUUUUUUAUGAAACAAUGUAUCUUUUUAUUUCUCAUCAUAUGCACUCACACACACACACAUAUAUAUAUAAAUAAAUUGAAUAUUUUCCUCAGCCUACAGCAUAGUAAAAAUAAACCAAAUUAAUUUGUUGUUCUGUUCUGUUUUUUUUUUAUAACCCAUUCAUUCAUUUCUAUUAUUACAUUCCUGCUGAGGAAAUAAACAUAUAUAUACACUGGAAGAAAAAAACUCGUAAAAAAAAAACCUUGUUAACAAUGUAUGCAUUAAUAUUUGCAUUUGUUUUCCUUCUUUAAAUUAUCAAUAUAACACAUUACACAAAUGGCGCCAUUUUGAUUUGCAUCGACCCAUACUCUUUUUUACAAUGAUUUGAAAUAAAAAAACACAAAGAGUGAAAGAAAGAUGAGAAACUAGACCAGACAGAUAACAAUGUGAAAACAAUCAUAUUGAUAAACUGAUAGUGAGUGAUACAGAGUUCUUUCCCCAUUGACUAUUACAACGUUCCAAACGUCCCAACUACUACUACUACUACUACAUUUGGGCUAGAUGUAUGUACACACAUGUGAUAGAUAUUUAUAUAUCUAUUUAUAUAUACAUAUACAUAUAUUUUUUAUUUAAUAGUUGACUCUAUUGAAAUACAAAAAAAAACGAUGUGUUGUUUCGUUUUGCCUUUAUUUUUUUGAAAGAAAUUUGUGUCUAACAUUGAAAUGUUUCCCUCUUUAUUCAUCAUCUAUUUAUUUAUUUAUAAUAAUAAUAAUAAUUAUUAUUAUUAUUUCCAUCCCAAUUCAUUUAAAUUCACACCACUAAUUUAUUUACGCUUUUUUUUUCUCCCAUUGUUUUGUUUCAUUUUAUUUUUUAGUCUAUUCAAAAUAUUCAUUGACUCCACAAGCAAACCAAUAAAAUGCAUAACAAACAGCCUUGUUGUUAUAUAACUAUUAAUAAUAAUAAUAAUAAUAA